CCGGCGGCGCGCGCCAUGGCGGCAGCCUGGCAGCGUCCCUACCUGAACGUCUUCAAGCAUUUCCGCGUGGAGGAGUGGAGACGCUCCGCCAGGGAGGGGGACGUGGCCGCCCUCACGGAUGCGAAGCUGAAGGGAACCGUUUACCGGAUCCGGGGCUCCGUCCCCGCCAGCAACUACCUGCAGCUGCCGCGGACGGGGACGCAGUCGCUGGGGCUGGUGGGACGUUACCUCUACCUGCUCUUCAGGCCCAUGCCCCGCAAGCACUUCGUUGUCCACCUGGACGUCGCCACCGAGGAAAACCGGGUGGUUCGCAUCUCUUUCUCCACCCUCUUCAAGGAGUUCAAGUCCACGGCCACUUGGCUGCAGUUCCCCUUCCUCUUCGCAGCGGCCGAGGGCUCGGUGUGUGACAGCGUGGCCAGGACGGCCAGGCGCGAUCUCCUGGGAGCUGCCCCCGCUGACACCCGCUGGACCUGCCUGGUGCUGGACCUCCCCUCCAUCCUCUCCCUCUACCUCAGCCGCCGGUACAGCCACCUGAAGGGCAUCAAGCUCUGCUCCAACCUGCUGGUGAAAAACCUCUGCACCAGCGACUUGGUGUUCGACCCAGGUGUCACCUUCUCCGAGGCCCGGCGAGCCGACCUGGCCUGCCGUGGGGUGGCCCCCAUGCCCCGGGAGAUGGCUUUCCCUGUCCCCAAAGGAGAGAAGUGGCACGACCUCUACGACUACAUCAGGUUCCCAUCGGAGGGGUCCAAGCUGCCCUAUGACUCCAUCCAGAAGAGCUGUCCCGCUCCUGCGGCAGGUGGCCAAGUCUCAGAGGACCCCCAUCCUGUGACACUCACCAAAGCAGUCCGUGACCGUCUGUCCCUCGUCCAUCAGAUCACCAGUCCCAAAGCUGUGCCGCGUCGGUGUCCUGUGAUUACGAAAAGCAUCCCUGAGGUUCACCUGAUGGCCUCAGGUGGGGACCAGGAACCAGAGAAGAACCAGAGACCGCCCAGCGCGGGGGACGCCGGGCCGUCACCGGACGUCAGUGACGGUGGCAUCCACGUGUACGCUCACCAGAGGAGUGAGCAAACCCUCCCACCUAUCCACAGCGGCUCAGAGGAGAGUGCGUACAGGAAGGGCCCUGGACCAGGCAUGUCAUCCAGUGGGAGAUCUUCUGCCUGUAAGACACUCUUACCAGAUCCCAUCUUGAAGCUGAGAAGGAUUAUUGGCUUUGGAGGCUGCAACACCAAAUGGGCUCUGUGGACUCGGAACAACGCUGCUGUGGUCUACCCCUGCCAUGCUGUUAUAGUCACCCUGCAGAUCCACACCGGAGAGCAGAGGUUCUUCAUUGGCCACACGGAUAAGGUGUCGGCGCUGGCCUUCAAUGGGGACAGCACCUUGUUGGCUUCUGCCCAGGCUGGUCCCCUGAGCGUGGUGCGUCUCUGGGACUUCUCGACAGGCACCUGCCUCUCACUGUUUAAAACCCACGUCCACUCCCUCUUCUCCCUGAGCUUUUCCUACAGCGGAGGCGUUCUGUGCGGCGUCGGAAAGGAUGGGCACAGCAAAACGAUGGUGGUGGUGUGGAACGUUGCUCAGGUGACCCGUGGUGGAGAGGUGGCCGUGUUGGCCAAAGCGCACACGGAUGUGGACAUCCAGGCCUUGAAGGUUGCUUUUUUUGAUGAUACCAGGAUGGUGUCGUGUGGCCGAGACAACAUCAGGCUGUGGCGAGUGAGGAGCGGAGCCCUGCGCUCCUGUCCCGUCAAUCUGGGCGAGUACCAUUCCCUGGAGUUCACCGACCUGGCCUUCGAGGAGGGACACGCGGCCGAGCAGGAGCCGGAGAAACUCACCCUCUUUGUCUGCAGCAAGAGUGGCCACGUCCUGGAGGUGGACUACAAGAACGUCUGCGUGAGGAGCGUGCGGCGGCUCCUGCCCGCAGAGCCCCGGGGCUGCCCGCGGCGGGACAGGGCAGGCCCCGGCAUUGCUAUAAACAGUAUUAGCUUCUCUUCAACCUUCUGCGCCACGGGUUCAGAAGAUGGCUACCUGCGGCUGUGGCCACUGGACUUCUCGGCUGUUCUCUUGGAGGCGGAGCACAAAGCUCCAGUCAGCUCUGUCUGCAUCAGCCCCGACAGCCGCAAAGUCUUGUGCACGACGGCUGCUGGGAACGUGGGCUACCUGACUGUCCAGUCCCAGGACUACACCACCCUCAUGCGCUCUCACCAGGACUCCGUUUUGGCCUUCUCGGUGGAGGGGCUUUGGAAGCAGAUGGCAACGGUGUCUCAGGACGGCACCAUCCGAGUCUGGGACCUGGUCUCCAUGCAGCAGCUCUACGACUUCACGGCUGCGGAUGAAAUGCCGAGCGCGGUGGCCUUUCACCCCACCCGGAGGAUCCUGGCCUGUGGCUUUGACGGUGGGAUGGUGAGGACCUUCUGCUUGAGCGCCUCCGACCUGCUGGUGGAGCACAAGCAGCACCGCACUGUCAUCACUGGACUCACCUUCUCUCCAGACGGCAGCUUCAUGUUCAGCUCCUGUUUGCAGGGAACUCUGGCUCUUUACAGCUGUGUGGCGCAGAAGAGCCACGUCCUGAGAGUCCUGGGCAACGUGGUGGCCCGGGAUGCUGGGAGUGGUCCGGAUGCUUUGGUGGUCAGCGGGGACAGCCGUCUCCUGGCCUUCGUGGGUCCCUCCAAGUACGUUGUGACCGUGAUGGAGGCCUGCUCUCUAGAUGAGCUGCUGAGGGUGGACAUCAGCAUCCUCGAUUUGAACAGCACGGCCUUGGACUCGGCGCUGAGGGUCUGCUUUGCUCCGGUGCCUCGGGGCGAGCUCCUGGUGUCCACUUCCUCCAACAAAAUCCUUGUGCUCGAUGCCAAAACGGGACGACUGGUGCGAGAGGUGUCUCCCGUGCACAAGGUGUCCUGCUCUUCCUUGGCGCUGAGCAAGGAUGGCCGGUACCUGCUCACUGCUGGCGACAGAGUUAUCAAAGUGUGGGACUACGGGAUGCGCUUCGAUGUCAACUUCCAGGUGUACAUCGGCCACUCAGAGCCAGUGCACCAGGUGGCCUUCACCCCAGACCAACGGCACGUCAUCAGCGUUGGAGAUGCCAUCUUCCUCUGGGAUUUCCUGGCUCUGCCUGCGGAGAGGUCACCCCAAGGCAGGGCUCCUUCCUCCGUGUCCACUCUGCUGCCGGGAGCAGAAGGGAGCUCUGAGAAGCUAAAGGAUGUCUCUGAGACACCUCGGCAGACAGUUCCUCUUCCAUUGUUGUCCUCGCCGCCGUGUUUGGAUGUCAGCUCUGUCCACCAAGCGGGAUGUCAAAGUAUUUUCUCCGAGUCGGACAAAGAGGAGGAAGCAUGUCUGCCAGGCAGCAGCAGGACAGUGGCCAACGGAGAGAAAGAUGCCUCAGUCUUUGUGGUGGAGUCGGUCAGAAACGAGGAGCUGCUUGUUGUGAGGCCCAAAGUCAGGCAGGAGAGCUUGAGGUCUCCUGGAGAAUCAGCAAACGAACCCAGAAAGGAGACCAAAAGCCCCCAGUGCUCCGUCCGCCCGGAUUCCUACCGGCAUUUCACUCCUCGCUUCAAGGCGUCGGUGCUCCCCCAGAUGCGUUGGCAGAGCGGGCUGGGGAAGGCGAUCCGUCGAGCGCGGGGAAGGGAGUCGAGGCGCAGCUCUCGCUCUGGCAACGUGGUGGCCCGGGAUGCUGGGAGUGGUCCGGAUGCUUUGGUGGUCAGCGGGGACAGCCGUCUCCUGGCCUUCGUGGGUCCCUCCAAGUACGUUGUGACCGUGAUGGAGGCCUGCUCUCUAGAUGAGCUGCUGAGGGUGGACAUCAGCAUCCUCGAUUUGAACAGCACGGCCUUGGACUCGGCACUGAGGGUCUGCUUUGCUCCGGUGCCUCGGGGCGAGCUCCUGGUGUCCACUUCCUCCAACAAAAUCCUUGUGCUCGAUGCCAAAACGGGACGGCUGGUGCGAGAGGUGUCUCCCGUGCACAAGGUGUCCUGCUCUUCCUUGGCGCUGAGCAAGGAUGGCCGGUACCUGCUCACUGCUGGCGACAGAGUUAUCAAAGUGUGGGACUACGGGAUGCGCUUCGAUGUCAACUUCCAGGUGUACAUCGGCCACUCAGAGCCAGUGCACCAGGUGGCCUUCACCCCAGACCAACGGCACGUCAUCAGCGUUGGAGAUGCCAUCUUCCUCUGGGAUUUCCUGGCUCUGCCUGCGGAGAGGUCACCCCAAGGCGGGGCUCCUUCCUCCGUGUCCACUCUGCUGCCGGGAGCAGAAGGGAGCUCUGAGAAGCUAAAGGAUGUCUCUGAGACACCUCGGCAGACAGUUCCUCUUCCAUUGUUGUCCUCACCACCAUGUUUGGAUGUCAGCUCUGUCCACCAAGCGGGAUGUCAAAGUAUUUUCUCCGAGUCGGACAAAGAGGAGGAAGCAUGUCUGCCAGGCAGCAGCAGGACAGUGGCCAAUGGAGAGAAAGAUGCCUCGGUCUUUGUGGUGGAGUCGGUCAGAAAUGAGGAGCUGCUGGUUGUGAGGCCCAAAGUCAGGCAGGAGAGCUUGAGGUCUCCUGGAGAAUCAGCAAACGAACCCAGAAAGGAGACCAAAAGCCCCCAGUGCUCCGUCCGCCCGGAUUCCUACCGGCAUUUCACUCCUCGCUUCAAGGCGUCGGUGCUCCCCCAGAAUUUCUUAUCUCCUCCAGCUGGCAGCGAGGUGUUGAAGCUGAAAGCAGUGAUUGGCUACAAUGGGAAUGGCAGAGGGAAUAUGGUGUGGAACCCAGACACAGGCUUCUUCGCCUACACCUGUGGCUGCAUCAUCGUGGUUGAAGACCUGCACUCGGGAUCACAGCAUCACUGGCUUGGCCACGCCGAGGAGAUCUCUACACUCGCCGUUAGCCACGAUGCCCAGGUCCUUGCCUCUGCCUCAGGGAAGAGGAGCGGAGACUCCCAUUGUCAGAUCUGCAUCUGGAAUGUCCAGGAGGGGCUUUGUGCAGCAAAUCUCUUCCACCACGAGACCCAAGUGCAAGCCAUGGGGUUCUCUAGGGACGACAGGUUCCUUGUCACCCUGGGGGACUACAGCGACCAAACCAUUGCCCUCUGGAACACCAGCACGUACGAACUCAUCUCCUCGACCUGUAUCUCGGAGCCAGUCCACGACGUGGCGUUUAGUCCCUUUUCCCACAGAGACCUGGCCUGCGUGGGGAAGGGAGCUGUGACGUUCUGGCUGUUGGAGCAGCAGGGAGCUGACGUCAAGCUCAAGGUUCAUCGAGCCCCUGCUCCGGAUGUUCUGGGGCCAGUGGAGCUGACAUCUCUCUGUUAUGGUGCCGAUGGUCUUCUUUAUAGCGGGACCAACUCAGGGCAGAUCUGCGUGUGGGACACCGAGACCAAUUGCUGCUUCAUGACGUGGGAGGCCGACGAGGGCGAGAUCGGUGUGCUGGUGUGUGGGCACGACAGGUUGAUGAGCGGCAGCAACACCAAACGCAUCCGGCUGUGGGCAGUGGGCGCCGUGCAGGAGCUGAGGCUGAAAGGUCCCGAUGCCAGCUCCAGCUCAGUCCUGCUGGAACACGAGAUUACCCUCGAUGGGACGAUCGUCAGUGCAGCCUUUGACGACUCCCUGGAGAUGGGAAUUGUGGGCACCACGGCAGGAACGCUGUGGUACAUCAACUGGGUGGAGAGCACGAGCAUCCGACUAAUCAGCGGCCACAAGAACAAGGUGACUGAAGUGUGCUUCAGUCCCGACGAAACUCACUGCGCCACGUGCGGGGAAGACGGCAGCCUGAGGAUCUGGUCUCUGGGCAGCACGGAGCUGGUGGUACAGUUCCAGGUGCUCAACCAGAGCUGCCAGUGUCUGGCCUGGAAGCCCUGUCCCGUGGCUGCGUGGGGAGCUGAGAACCAGCACGUGGUGGCAGGGUACAGCGACGGCACCGUCCGUGUCUUCAGCAUUUCCAGGACAGAGAUGGAGCUGAAAAUACACCCUCACGCCGUCGCGCUGACGGCAAUUGCCUACUCCACAGAUGGAGAAAUGAUCCUGUCGGGGGGCAAGGACGGGCUCGUGGCUGUCAGCAGCCCUCACACUGGAAUGACUAUCCACGUCCUCGCCGAGCACAAAGGCUCCCCCAUCACUGUCCUCCAGUGCACCAGGAAGCAGUACCGUGACUUUGGGGUGGAAGGAGGUGAGCUCUGGCUGGCCACCAGCUUGGACCGGCGGGUCAGCAUCUGGGCCUCGGACUGGCUGAAGGAUAAGUGUGAGCUCCUCGACUGGCUCAGUUUCCCAGCUCCUGCCAGCCCCGAGGGUCUCGGUGGCCUCCCGCCCAGCCUGGCCGCCUUCUGCCCUUGGGAACCCAGCACCCUGGUCUACGUCGGCUUCGGGAUGCAGAAGGAAGCUUUGUUUUACAAUCUGCACAAGAAACAGGUGGUUCAGAAGAUCUCCUUGCCCUACUUCGCCACAUCCCUGAGCCUGUCUCCUGCUGCACACUUCAUGGCUGUCGGCUUUGGCGAACGGCUCCUGAGGCUGCUGCGCUGCCCCACGGGUGAGGCACAGGACUACGCCGGCCAUGACGACGUCGUCCACCUCUGCCGCUUCGCCCCCUCCGGCCGCUGCCUCCUCACGGCCUCCCACAGCGCCGUCCUCCUCUGGGAGCUCACGGGCAGUUGAGCCGGCAGCCCCCUGGACCAGUGGUGCUCCUCCAGCGGGGGAGCCGGGCCCUGGCUCCCCUGGGCCGGCCCGGGCUCCUGGGCGAGGCCCCGGCUUAGGCCUCACCCAGGCCCCGCAGGCCGCGGGGGCCGGAGGCGGCGGCGGGCCCGCCGGCCAGGCCCGGCCGGUUGCGCGGUGCGU